UGGACGAAGAAGUAGUGUUAACUGUGAUGUUAAAAUUAUUGCGAAAUGCAAGAAAUAUGCCAAGUUGGCGUGCUAUUCUGAUAUUUAAGAGAGUACGAAAAUUAUAUUUCGCUUAUAACAUUUUAUUACAAAAUAAAAAAUAUACAAGAAAACAAAAAUUUUGGGUACGGCCAAUGUUUACACAAAGAAUGAGACAUCUUCAAGGUGCAAGUGACAAUUUAGUCGUUGAAAUGCAAACGACCGAUCGUGAGGAGUUCUUCAAUUACUUUAGAAUGACUCCGGAAUUAUUCGAAGAACUGCUGUCAUUAGUUGGACCACUUAUUGAUAAGCAAGAAUUAUGCCGAGUUCCAAUUUCAUCUCGUACAAGAUUGCAACUGGUUUUACACUGGUUGGCAUCUGGUGAUAGUAUGGCAUCUUUUUCAUAUGCAUUUCGUAUUGGAGCAAAUACAGCUUCUAAAAUCAUAAAGGAGACUUGCACUGCAUUGUGGAAGGUAUUAAAAGAUAGAGUUUUUCUACAAUCCACUGAUGAAAAUUGGCAAAAAGUUGCUGACAAUUUUGAGAGAAUUUGUCAAUUUCCCAACUGCAUUGGAGCUGUCGAUGGAAAGCACAUUAUGAUUCAGGCACCACCAAAUAGUGGCUCGUCUUUGUACAGUUAUAAAGGCAAUCAUAGUAUAAAUCUGCUUGCCGACAAAAAAUUGUUGGAUCCUUGGACUGCAAAUUUAGGUCAAUUGAAGAGACCACUUACUGAACAUAGUUUUGUUUGUGAGGAACAUUUCAGCAUCAAAGAUGUUUUUCGUUCAAACGAUGUUUUAUUGAGUGAUGGUACAGUACAUCGUACUGAAAGAAUAAUACCGAAAUUGAGACAAAAUGCUAUUCCGAUAGUUGGCAAGAAUUAUUCAGAAAAGAAGUCCAAUGCUGAACAUGAUCUUUUGUAG